CUGGCCAGUAGCACAACUGGGCAGGUAUGGCCCAACCUAUAUUGCUUCGAGUCUCAAAUUUCAAAGCCUACGUGUGGGAUGUUGACGAUAUUAACAUCCUACGUUCACAUCAUCACAUAUGUGGCAUCCUGACUGGGACUCUUCCACACCUGUCGUCCCAGAAUAUAUUCUUAGGAUUACCUCUCCAGCUGAUGCCAGAGGAGGCUGUUCUCCUCGUCGAAAAUGGAAUCGCUGUAUUAGUGGAUGACCCCAGCGCCCACCACGCUCCGUCUUCAUCAGCCCUGAAAAUAUGGAAAGAAGCGCGCCUCAAUGAUGUAAGGCAACAGAUAGCUCUGACGGAAGAAAAGGGGUCCAUCGAAGCUUCUUACCCUGACCGCGCCAUGUCUGAAGAUGCCAAACGCAAGCGCAGAGAACGAGAAGAGCGUCGCGCACGUGCAAGGGCCGAUGCUGCUACCAGCGUUCCUGCAGAAGAUCACCCGUCUCCUCAUCCCGCAUCUGAAGAUCCUUCACAGGCUGCCAUCGGAGAACCCCCAGACAGCGCCAACGUAAUGCCAUCUGCAUCUUACACCGUCAACGUUCCCGCGUCCUCAUCCAAGUUGGAAUGGUACACGCCACAACCCCAUGUGUCCUUAACUAUGGCACGCGAAGCUGGCAUAUGGCGGUAUCCCUCGACCCUACAAGAGCGCGCACGCUGCGGCGUUUUUCGCGAUUUGUGGGAGAAAGGUUGUUACAUGGGAGGAGGAAUCAAAUUUGGUGGCGAGUACUUAGUCUACCCUGGUGACCCCCUCCGUUAUCAUUCGCACUUUGUCGCAUCGGUCAUCGAGGCGCCGGACGCCGCCCUUCGCCCCAUGGAAAUUGUCGCACAUGGCCGUCUUGGCACUGGGACAAAGAAGGCUCAUUUGCUAUGUGAAUGGAACGAUGAAACAAAAGUUGUAUCGUAUCUCUCUGUCGAAUGGGCAGGAUUUGGGUGAAGACCUGAAUAUUAUAUGGAAACGACUGUGCCCGUCUCAAAACUUCAGUACCACCCAGCUAUUGUCCACUGAGCUCAUCAUUAUUAUCAAAUGGGUAAAGCUUCUGUAGAAACAUGGAA